AUGGCCGCCGAAGAAACAAAAGACCCCGUCAUGGUGGUUCGACCGCGAAGGAAGCUUGUUAUUGGGAUUGAUUUUGGAACAACAUACAGCGGCAUUGCCUGGGCGUUGGAGGGCGCAGAGGAAGAAAUGGAAGUAAUCCAAGAAUGGCCAGGAAAAGGAAACUGCACUUCACAAAAGGUUCCAACGGUUCUUUCUUACCAGAAUAACGGCAUCGGCUGGGGCUACCAAGCCGACCACAUCGAAGAAGCAGUACGAGGAUUUAAGUUGUUGCUUGACACAAGCAAAGUGUUCCGGUUUACGCCUACCCUCCAGAGUGGGCAGACCAUUCAGAGGAUGGAGAAAAAACCCGUUGAGGUCGCUGGGGAUUACCUCAAAAUCAUUGUGACCCAUGCGAAAGACGUUCUCGGGCGACGAGGGGUGAGCAGCUUGCUGAGGACGAUGCACCUCCAGUAUAUCUUAACGGUUCCUGCGGUAUGGUCGGACAAGGCGAAGGACCUGACCAUGGAAGCCGCACGUUAUGCUGGAAUCCCGAUGGCAGAUCUCUUUUUGCUCUCUGAACCCGAGGCGGCAGCCGUCCACACGAUUCGCACGAUCCAACCAAACUCGAUUUCCAAAGGAGAUUGUUUCAUUGUUUGUGACGCUGGUGGGGGGACUGUUGACCUAAUCACAUAUCGAAUUACUCAGACAGAGGCCAUCAGAAUGGAAGAGGUCACGGUGGGCACAGGCGAAAUAUGCGGCUCAUUUAUGUUGGAUGAACUGUUUCAAGAGUUUCUCGUUGAAGCUAUUGGUGAAAGAGCAUACAAUAAAAUGCCUGCUGCUAACAAGCGGCAGAUAAUGGAGAGAUGGCGGACCGAUGUCAAGCAUGCGUACUCGGGGCCUGAAGAUGCCAAUGAUUACGUGGAUACGGGUCAUAUGAUACCAGUUCCUGGAGUUCCAGAUGUCCCUGGCAAAAAUAUCAUGAAUGGCAUGCUUCAUAUGGAAAAUUGGGACGUUCAAGAAAUAUUCGACCCCGUCAUGACUAAGAUCGAGGAUCUGAUCGCUGGGCAAGAGAAGAACGUCAUCGAGUCUGGCAUGACUACCAAGGCGAUCAUACUUGUUGGCGGUCUUGGUGCAUCGCAGUACCUUUAUAAGAGACUCGAAUCUAGAUUCCAGGGGAUCGAAAUCAUGCAGCCUUUGAAUGCAUGGUCUGCCGUGGUACGUGGCGCUGUUUACCGUGGAUUUGAAGGAAACCAAGUUACGAACCGCAAGGCCCGAUGUCAUUACGGAACACGAUUUCAAACACUGUACGAUUCUUCUGUCCACCAACCGUAUCAGAAAGUUUGGUGUCAUCACGAAGAGAGAUAUAUGGCAGAAGACAAUAUGUGCUGGUACAUUUGCAAGGGUGAUGCUAUUUCCGAAGAGAGACCAAUCAAAAUGUCGUGGUACAGGGCUGUUCCCUUGCAUCACUCCUUCGUAUUCAAGGACCAUUUAUGGUUUUGUGUGUCAGAAGACGCUCCGGCCCGUUGUGGAGAUAAUACCUCAAUGCUCUGCGAUCUUUUAGCAGACUUAAGCAAUGUUCCGAAAGAGGUUUUUGAUCUAUGCACGAAUUCGAAGGGCGAGGCGUAUUAUCGUGUCGACUAUGACUUGGUCCUCACACCCUUGUCUGCUUCUUUGCUGCUCGACUUGCAAAUCAAUUCUGUGAGUUACGGAACUGUACGGGCUAGGUAUUGCUAG